AUGUUCAACGCUCUGAACCGGUUCAUGUCCCGUCUGGACGGCGACGCCCCGCAACGCCGCCAGCACGACAACGGCUCCUACGGCUUCCAGGUCCUGCGCAACACCAACCUCGACCUCCCCAUCGAGCCAUGGUUCGACUUCGUCGGCCAGCGCAUGAAGGAGAUGCACAUCCCCGUCCCCGUCGACACGACAUCCCUCGGCCUGUCGCUCCAGUGGGCGCCCAUCGCCCUCGCCGCCAACGUGUGGCACGUCCUCGACGUGGCGCCCAACUCCCCUGCCGACCAGGCGCCUCUCCUCCCCUACAGCGACUACAUCCUCGGCAGCCCCGAGGGCGCUCUCAACGGCGAAGCCGCCCUGGGCGAGCUGGUCGAGGACUUCAUCGGCCGCCCGCUCCGGCUCUACGUCUACAACAACGAGUACAACGUCGCGCGCGAGGUGACGAUACAGCCCCGGCGCGACUGGGGAGGCGAGGGGGCCCUGGGGUGCGUCCUGGGAUACGGCGCGCUGCACCGCCUCCCCGCCCCCCUCAGCGAGCCUGUCAACCCGCCCGGCGACACCAUGUUUGACGGCGCCGACGGCAGCUCCGCCACCACCGCAGCGACCACAACCUUUGUGCCUGCCGACUCGCCCGCGCCCGGCGUGGCUGCCGGAGGCGGCGGCGACUACCUCGUGCCCGCGCAGAUGGUUGGCGCCACGCCCGUCAGCGCACCCCCGCGCUCCGGCAAGAAGAAGGACAGGCAUGCCACCCGCAGCCCCCUGAACGGUGACAUGGAUGAUUACUUCAGGGAGGGAGAGGCCAAGAGCAAAGAGCUUGAUCGUGCGCCCAAGAGUAAAGGGUCGGCUGUGCCGCCGCCGCCAAGGGCUGGGGCUGGACCUCCCAGAGCUGCUGCUGCCACACCAGAGGCUUCAUAG